AUGAAGAUCAAGAAGCAGGCUACGUCGCGGCAUGAGUCCACUCUGUCACCGAUGAUAGCAGACUUUGUCAAAGCGACCGAAUCGAUACCCCUCUACCAGAUACCCGCCCACCUUGCUUCAUUUCCCAAGCUGUGGCCGUUUCCACGAGGUGACACGUACCACUGGAUUCCGGUGUUGAACCGGUUCGACCGCAUACUUGAGCUCUUCAUUCGAAUAUACGGCCUGGAAAAUGGCCCUCAGACGCAACCAUUCCAGCGACUUCUCUUGCAACAAGGCGAUGCGGAGGAAGGGAAGACCUCAGAGCCGGCGACAGCCGACAUCUUGGACAAGCUGCACAUCGCUUCGGAUGGCGACCGUGAGCUCAUCGAGCAGAUACUUGGUUUCACGCGGCUGCUGCUCGAGAAUUGCGGAAACCGAAGCCUCUACUCCAGCAGCGGUCACUUGGACAAGCUGUUGAACUCUACCUCCGUCACUCUCGUGAAGGCAACGCUUCGCUUGAGCCUCCGCCUUUCUCAGCGUUACUACUCCGCUCGCAUGCGGCUCGCUCCGGCGACACUACACCCAACAUUGCUGGCCAGCCACUAUAACAUCAACCUCGAGAAGAUGCAAAAGUUGGCCGCACCCUUUCCUAAAGGACUGUCGACAGCACCGCUGCCGUUUGCAACUCCCGCGGGCAAGGGCAAGGAUAAGGCACUUGGGGAACGUCGCAGCGAGAACGAUAGGGUAUAUGCUGCGGACAUGGUUGGUCUUUUCACACUGCCGGAGGGAUCAGUUAAACAGGAAUAUGGCGGUGUAUUGAUCUCCUACUAUGAGCCGUCCUCAACGUCUGAGGAAAACCAGCCACCGUCUGUGGAGGCACACGCAACAGCCGCGCCCGCAACGCCUACACCAGUACGUCGGACCUCCAACAUGAAUCCGCAGCAAACUCCUCGUCAAUCGCGCGAUGGGGUAUUGACAGAUCCUCCUCUCACGCCUGCCUUCACUCCUGGCGAUGUUGGCACUAGCCGGCCGACUGGGGCUAAAUCUUUCGAGAAGCCUUCAGAAAUCGUGUCGAGCGCCGAUAUCCACGAGCUCCUGAAAGAGGGGCUUGAGGAACUGCCUGAGAACGUACACUACGAACUUCUUCACAAGGUCCGAUCUGCAAAGACCUUGGUCAAUGGUAAAAAUGGUCGCGAAGACGGGGUCGGAAUUCGCAUGCUUGCCAUCGCCAAUUUGGCUUACGUAUACGGCGAGAAGGAUUUCCACGCAAAGCUCGGUCAACAAGACACGGACGAACCUCGUCGCCUGCAGUGGGCUUAUCAGUUGUCCGAACUCGUGCAUCCGCCGAGCAGCGGCGAUGGUGCUGUGUCGCUUGAAUUGCAAACUUACGCUCUCUGUGCUCUCGAGGCCUUGGCGAAGCAUAAGUCGAAAUCUUCAGAUAUCUGCACGGCUCUCAGUGUCAACGUUAAUCAUGGUGUCCUGUUCUACGUUGUUCGGAAGCUCGUCGCCGAGUUAGCUGUUGAUGACGACUCUGUAGUCAACGCUCAACAAGAAGAAUGGCGAGAAGCCUUGUUCUCGCUGCUGAACACGUUGCCAACCUCACAAGCACGAACCGGUGACGGCAUGGUUUCUGCUGGUCUCAUAGAGAUCUUGGUCGAUGUACUCAAGCUUCGAACGGCCAAGGCAGAACGCAAUCACCCGAAGAUCCUCAACUUCCUUGACACCUUUGUCCACAACCUCCGAGAGGCAUUCCAAGCUCUGGUCGAUGCUAAAGGACUUGAUAUCAUUGCGGAUCUUGUGUUCUACGAGGUGACGACCUCACGAAUGCUCGCGGAGGCAGGCGAAGGGAUACCUAAAGAGUACAAGACACAACUCACCGAUUAUCAGAUUCCCUUCUACAAUCAGCAAACCCUUCGCUGGCUUUUCAAGUUUAUGAACCACAUGAUGUCCCAUACAGGGGGUGGCAAUUUUGAUCGUCAAAUGCGGAAUCUGAUUGAUUCGACUCCUCUCCAGCAAGGACUCGAGGUUGUGUUAUCCAACGCCAAUGUUUUUGGGUCCACGGUGUGGAGUAUGGGCGUGAAUAUUUUGACCACAUUUAUCCACAACGAACCUACAAGCUAUGCAGUGAUUAACGAUGCCGGUCUUAGCACUGCACUGCUCGAGACCGUCUCUGGCGAGAAGAUUCCUAUGAAUCCCACCAAUGCGACGGAUAAAGACGCAACUUCAUCAGCUGAUACAACAUCUGCGGACCGGAGCGCCUCACCUCCACGACCUGCUCGCGUCUAUCCACCACGUGACCCAAACAUGUCACUUGCUUCCGGUAUUCUACCUGUCGCCGAAGCAAUCUCGACCAUACCGCCCGCGUUUGGUGCCAUCUGUCUCGCAGAAGCCGGUAUGAAACUCUUCCAGUCGUCGGCAGCCCUUACACACUUCUUCGAAAUUUUUGAGAGCCCAGCCCACGUCAAAGCUUUGGACAUGGAUCCUGAAAUUCCCACCAUCAUUGGCAAUGCCUUUGACGAGCUGGUUCGCCACCACCCACCACUAAAGAAUCCGGUUUUAGCAUCUUUGAGCGAAAUGGUCGCCCGGGUUGUUCGUAUAUGCUUCGACAAGGCGGAGAAGGAGGGUGCUGGUACUAAGUUAUACUAUGAGGAUCACAAAGACGAAAAGAUCUAUGUUUGUGGCGGACGUCCUGCACUCUCCGGUCCCGAGGGCUUUAUUCAUAAGCAACUCUCGCAACAAACCAGCUCUGAAGAUGACGUUCUCAUGGCAGAUGCGCACGAUACGUCUUCGAGCUCGUUGGAGCCUGUUGCCCUACUCGACGUUCUCGAGAUUGAAGAUCGCUCAGCAGGGCCCUCCACUAGCCAAUACAUCAGUGUCGUAUGUCGGUUCCUCGGUGGCUUCUUUACGAACAACGCAAUGUGCGCUGCCUACAUAGAGGCAGAUGGUGUCGAGACUAUACUCGAUCUUGCCACGCUGCCCUGUCUCGAUGCUAGAUUCAAUGAGACGCAAACGACUAGCGAGGAGUUUGCACGGGUGGUUCAGGUUCUUGUGGAACAGAAACCUCACAUUGCAGUACCCGCAUUAUUGAAACGUACCCAGCAAGCAUUAGAUCGUCUAGAGCCUUUGAUGCAGCAUGCGUACAACGAAGGCAAGGGCUUUUUUGCGUUGUUCACAGGCGCGGUUUCCGAUCUUGAUCCUGAACAGCAAAAGAUUCGAGACCAAGGUACCCAAUACGUCAAGUCUCUUCUUGCGGUGCACACACUCGUGUCAGCUCUGACAACGACUUUCCAAGGGCAGAUGUUCAAUACACGUUCCUCCCACAAUGUGUCAAGCCAGGUCAAUCUUUCUGAUAUGUACGCUCGACUAGUUGACAGCCUAGGCCGCCUUCAUCGAAGCUGCGUCUGGGAAGAGAUCCUACUACAGAAGAACAUGCCUAAGGAAUGGGAGAAAGAGACGCGCGUCAAGAGCUCCGGUUUUGGAGCAAUUGAGGCUGAUAGUGUUUUCAACCUGGGCAAUAACGACAGGUCGACCGAACCACCAGCUGCAUCGAGCAACGACGAGACCGCUGGCACUGCACCUGGCUCAUCAAGCGAUGCACCGACCCCAAGCCAGAACAGUGCUCGCUUCAAGAACACCCAAAUCCUGCGAUAUCUCUUGAGCAAGAUACCCCCUGGAAUUGCCCCGUUUUUCCAGUCGCUGGGCAAACUUCUCCUCUUCCGUCGCACUUUGGAGUCAUAUCAGAAACAAGGCGCAAUCAUAGUUGGGGAUCAGCUCGCGCAGGCGGCUAUCGAUCAGCUGCGCUUCGAAGCCCCAAAGGCCUCCGCGUCGGCUGAAGAUCGAUAUGCGUACUGGAUCGUUAUAUUAACAUCGCUCUCGCAGCUAAUGAUCGACAAUAACAUGGAUCGCGUCAGUCCGCAGGCCCUGACUCUUAUCCUGGUAUCGUUCAGGAACCUUGGUGGCUUGGCUGUGCUCGCAGAUAUCCUUAACACUUUCUUUGAGUCGGCCAAGGAUGUCAUCCAAACUCAAGGCGAACAGCCCUCCGAGGACUACCAGCGAUUGCUCAAUCUGUCGCUUGGCGGCGUCAAGAUAGUUCUAGCAUUUUAUGCUCAGAUCAUCAAUGCGAAGGUAAUCAAUGAAGCCACCCAAACUACUUCAAUGCAGUCACGCCCCGAUCGCGACCGAGAACGUCCAGAUUUCUUCCUCGCUCCUCAAUUCAUCGUUGAGCUGCGCCAUGCAGUCACGAAGCCGGUCCAGAAGAUAUGGAACUCUGAUCUCAUCGACAAGGCGACGACCUCCAUUGUGAAGACUUCAAUCAAUAUCUUGAAAACUGUACUAGAUGGCGAAGGCGAACAUGGGGCUUACAAAAGCGUUGACAAGAUCCCGAAGCGGAGUAAGCCUGUUAUUAGACCUUGGAAGCCGAGGAAUAGCGAGCACAUGCAGCGUCUGAAGGACGCUAGUCAGUAUCCGGAGAGUCUGGCUGAGGAAGCUCUCUUCCGGUGCUGCGACAAUUUCAACACUGCCCGAGAAUAUUGUCAGAACCAGGUCCGCGACGUUCGGGCUUCUCGAAACCCGAUUCCCCCUUACGAGAUAGAUGCUCGUCGGGCUCCUAAUGUAUCCCCAAGUCGAGCAGAGGUGGUUGUUCCCGAGCCCGUAGAGAAUGCUAGUACUUCCGCUAGUGAGGAUGCCGACGGACCUGAAGGUUGGACGACCCAAGACUCGCAGUCGGUGGAGAUGGAGGACGCCAAUGUUUUGCAAGAGCCCCAGGAGCAUCAAUCUCACACACCUGUACCAGAACAAUCGCUCGCAGCAGAUACAACUGUGGCAUUACAGGGCGGCCUUGCCUAUCAGAAACGAAUGUUGACAGGCAAUUUGGCAGAGCCUGUUGCCGUUGACGACUUAGAUAAAGAGCGCGCAAGCGUUCGGGAGAAUCUCGUCGAUCGGUCGCUCGACAUCCUCAACUCGCACAACGAUGUCACUUUUGAGCUGGCAGACUUGAUCUCUGCUGCCGUUGCGAAGGCCAUUGAGCCGGGUUCAUUGCGUAGCGAGAUAGGAUCUACUCUGAUCCAAUCCCUCAUCUCCUUGCAGAUGGAAGAUGACUUCCGCGACCAAGGAAAGAAAAUUGCAGCUUCUGCUCACUUGCUGGCCCUCACUAUCCAAGAUAAAGACUUCUACGAAGCUGUGGUGGAAGAGCUCAAAGAGAACUUUUCGCUGUUCCUUCAAUUCAUCAAGAUCUUCCCAAAUCAGGUGCCUGAAGAAUCUUCCCCAUGGAUUGGCCAUGUUCUCGUCAUCCUGGAACGUCUGCUUGCGGAAGAUCAGCUUCCCCCUCAAAUAUCCUGGACACCGCCAACCAACGAGAACCCUGAGGAGGCGGCGGUCGAGGCACCACCGGAGCCUAUUUUUGGUUUGGAUGAAAAGAACCAGCUGUUCGAUUCGUUGAUAGAGGUCCUACCGCAUAUCGGCAAGGACGAGUCACUGGCCUUGUCGGUCAUGCGCGUUCUAGUGAUGCUUACACGCACUCGCAAGAUUGCUCAGCGUUUAGCAGAGAAACGUAAUAUUCAACGACUCUUCCUCAUGGUCAGACAGCUUGCAGGUAUUACGAACGAGGGACUUCGCAGCGCCUUUAUGAUCGCCCUACGCCACAUCAUCGAAGAUGAUGCCAUGAUCCGGCAAAUCAUGCGAAGCGAAAUACAGCAAAUGUUCGACUCACGAGACCGAAGACAGACAGACACAACAGGCUACACACGUCAAAUGUACUAUUUGGCCAUCCGCGCCCCGGAGAUAUUUGUCGACGUCACCCACGAGAAACUUCAGCUUGCACGCUUCGAUCCUAAUCAGCGUCCGCAAACUUUGAUGCUUAAAAAGGACGAAUCUGCCACAGAGGGCGAGGACUCAAAUUCAUCGGGCGCGUCAAACGAGAUGCCAAAGAAUGAUCAACCCAAAGAGACCAGCGAGGCUAAGCAACCCGUUCUUGAGAGGACCAAAACUUCCGAUCUGAAAUUACCAGUUGUCGAGAACCCUGAUGGCAUCAUUCACUACCUUUUGUGCGAACUGCUCGCCUACAAGGAGGUGGACGACAAGCCGGCACCUACUAAAGCACCCGAAAAGGAUGAAGAACCACAGCAGCAGUCGAGUGCCAACGCAGCGGCAUCGUCAUCAGAAACGCCGGACGUCAGCACUGAGCAGACGAAGCCUGAGAAGGUAGACUUCAAAGCGGAGAACCAUCCCAUCUACGUCUACCGAUGCUUUAUCCUUAAAUGUCUUGCAGAACUCCUCCAGAGCUACAAUCGCACCAAGAUUGAAUUCAUUAAUUUCUCGAGGAAGGCAGAUCCGUAUGCUACCACCCCAUCUAAGCCUCGGUCUGGCGUAUUGAACUACCUUCUAAACGUGUUGGUGCCUGUCGGAAGUUUAAACCACGAGGGCGAUCUUGCGUUCAAGAAGAAAUUGGCCACGUCUAGUUGUGCUAUCGAUGUGAUCGUUUCUUUGUGCGCCAAAACCGGAGAGCAAGGUGUUUCUAGGCCACGUCCAGAUCAAUCGCCUUAUGCCGAGACGGAGCCCGAGCUCUUGUUUGUACGCAAGUUUGUCUUGGAACAUUGUCUCAAAGCUUUCAAGGACGCCUGCGGUUCCGACGAAGUUCUCGAUAUGAAGUACUCCCGUCUACUUGGUGUAGCUGACAUCUUCUCGAAAUUAGUCUCUCAGCGCCCCAACGGAGAGAUGCUCAACCAGAAUGCUGAUCUUACGCCGACCCUCAAGCAAAUGGCCAAGAUCAUGUACGAGAAGAACUUCAUUUCGAUCUUGACGACCGCCAUUGCGGACAUUGACCUCAACUUCCCCAACGCAAAGCGGGUUGUCAAGUACAUCCUCAAGCCGCUCAAGUGGUUGACUUACGUUGGCAUGGACUUGAGCACUCGUUACGACACAUCCUCCGCACCCGACUCAACUGACGAAUACGAGAUCUCUUCGGCAUCAGAUGAUGACCUCAUGGAUACAACACGUGAAGAGACGCCGGAUCUUUUCCGUAACUCGACGUUGGGUAUGUUCGAACCGGGCAACGAGUCGGAGACAGAUGAGGACGAUGACGAAGAUGAGGAGGACGAAGACAUGUAUGGUGAAGCAUAUGCCGAUGACAUGGAGUUCGAUGAGGAGCUUGGCGACAACGACGAAGUCGUCUCUGAGGAUGAGGAGAUGGAAAUGGACCUCGGCGACAUCGGCCCCAUUGAAGGUCUUCCUGGUGACGUAGAUGUGGAAAUCGAGCUUGAUGACGAUGGCGAAGGCAUGGGCUCCCACGAUGAAUCCCAGAGUGAUGAUGAAGAUGAUAGCGAAGAUGACGACGAAGACGACGAAGAUGAUGGGGAUGAGGACGACGAUAUGGGUGACCUCGAAGAAAUAGAGGACAUGGAGGACAUGGAGGAAAUAACGGGCGAUGAUGAAAAUGCAAGCCUUGCAGAUGACCGGGAGGACAGUUGGAGCGAUGAUGGCGCCGAGGUCCAUCCUGCUCUCAACUUUGUACUUGAUCGACCACAGCUUCUUGAUCAGAUUCGACAGGGCGAUCUGGAUGACUUCAUUGACGAUGAUAUGCAAGAAGACGAAGAUGAGGAAGAAGAGGAAGAUUUCGACGAAGAAGAUAUCGUGUACGAUCCAGGUCUCGAAGACGAUGAUGAAGGCAUGCAUGAAAUGGGUUGGGACUGGAACGAACCCGCUCCACCCUCGCGACACUUGCACCGCCUUAGCCCUUGGAUGUUUCCUGGCGGGCCCGACAAUAGAGUUCUCGUGCCUGCCUAUCGGUCCCAUCGACCUGGCGCAGGGCCACGCAUGGCAGACGAUGGAGUCAACCCACUUCUACAACGGUCUGGUCGCACAGCUGGUCGUCACGGUGACCCUUCCUCUGCAAACAAUAGCGACUGGGUCCACGCUAUCGAAGGCCGCGGACCAAGACUUCUCCCUUCAGACACUAGCCCUGUAUCUUUCAUCAGCAAUCUGCUGAACGCAAUGAGUCAAGGAACGUUGCAUACCCAGAACGGCACGGUGCAUCUGUCUUUCAACAAUCUCCCCUUGGGACCUCAUGGAUUUUCCCCACCAUUCGAUCCGACUUUCCGCCGUGACGUCCGUACUAGAGAUAAUCCCUUAGGUCGCUCAGCACGCGAGGAUCCACAGUCGUCUGUGGCUUUCCUCAAGGCCUACACUCAUCAGCGUUGGCAAGAAGAGGCACGCAUACUAUAUGGUCCAAGCGCAAUCGAGAAGAGCCAGCGUGUCGUCAAUUCAAUCCUCAAACUCAUGGUCCCGCCCGCCAUGGAGGCUCAGAAGAAGCGGCAAGCGGAUAAGGAAGCCGAGCUUGAGCGUCGGCGGAAAGAGGAACAAGAGCGUAAGGAGCAGAAGGAACGAGAAGAUCGAGAAGAGAAAGAACGCCAGGAGCGCGAGCGUCUUGAAGCCGAACGGGAAGCUGCUGCGACGCAAGCUGGUCAAGCGGCCGUCGAAGGAGAGCAAGCAGAAAGUACGGCCGCUACUCAACCUGAAUCUCAAGCCAUGGAAGGUGUAGAAGCUGCCCAACCCUCUACACAACCCGAGCAACCGGCUGAACCUCAGCAACGCAUUACGGUAAACCUUCGGGGCCAUGAGUACGAUAUCACUGAACUUGGUAUUGAUUUGGAAUACCUGGAGGCUCUUCCUGAAGAUUUGCGCGAAGAAGUUCUGUUAUCGCAGAUUCAGGAACACCGUGCCCAACAACGCGCCGUCCGUCGAGAACAAGAGCAACGCGCAGCUAUACAGCAACCACAAGGCGAAAGCCAAGAUCAGCCAGCUGGCGACCAGCAAGCCGCCGGCAUUGAUGAUGACUUCCUGGCUGCUUUGCCACCAGAUAUCCGUAAUGAGUUACUCCAGCACGAGGCCCAAGAACGUCGACGACAAGAACGGGAAGAGCAACGACGACGGAGUCAAACAAACGCCCCAGCACAGGCUGAGGACAUCGAUCCAGCCAGCUUCUUGGCCUCACUAGACCCUGCUCUACGACAGGCCGUUUUGAUGGACCAGGAUGAGGACAUGUUACGUCAACUGCCUCCCGAAAUCUCUGCUGAAGCUCGCUCAUACGGCGGCGAUCGUCGCCUUAACCAAUUCGACUAUCUUCCUUCCGGUUUCCGCCGUACAGGGGACCGCGGCGCUGACCGCGACGUUCAGUCGCAGAAGCGUAAGGCUCGGCCAUGUGCGCAGAUGCUCGAUAAGGCUGGUGUAGCAACGUUACUCCGCCUCAUGUUCAUCCCUCAACAAGGUAGUGCGAAGGCCAGCUUGACCCAGAUCCUUCGCUACGUUUGUGAGAACCGUCAAAAUCGCGCCGAAGUCAUCAGCAUCUUAUUGUCGAUUCUGCAGGAUGGCAGUGCUGACGUGAACGCUGUCGAGCGUAGUUUCGCUCAGCUGUCGCUGCGUGCGAAGCAGACUCAGCAGCAGCCUAGCGACAAGACUCCGAAAUUCUCGAGGAAGAACGGGGCAUUCUCCAUUAAUUCUGAUGUUUCACCGCUCAUGGUCGUCCAGCAAUGUCUGAACACACUUACACAACUUACUGAAAAGAAUCCUGCAGUCUGGACGUUCUUCUUGACUGAGCAUGAAACGGGCGUUGGCUUCAAGAACCGAACCAACCGCAAGGGGAAAGCGAAAGAGACCAAGGCGACCAAAUACCCCGUCAACGCGCUAUUAAGUUUGUUGGACCGGAAGUUGAUCAUCGACAGUUCCUCCAUCAUGGAACAACUUACCACAUUGCUUCGCAUCAUCACCGUUCCUCUCCAACAUAUGAAGAAGGAAAAGGAAAAGGCUGAGACCGAAGCCGAGAAGAAAGACGACACGCCGGCUGCGGCAACCUCGACCGCCGCCGAAGUUGAUCGGAACCGCGAGCAGCCUACAACUGUACAGCAACAAAGCGAGGAUGUCGAGAUGGCGACCGAUUCCCAGAACGAGACUGCUAUUGAGGUAGCUGUCGUGGGCGGGGCCAGCUCCUCUAAGCCUGAAGCAUCAAAGGCUGAGGAAGACAAGAAGAAACAUGGAAGCCUUACACCACCUGAGAUACCCGAGAACAAUUUGCGUCUUGUUGCAAAGAUUUUGGCUGCUCGAGAGUGCAGUGCUAAGGUAUUCCAGGAAACUUUGAGCGUUAUCAGCAAUCUUUCGCCAAUCCCUGGGGCCAAGGAAAUCUUUGGCCAGGAGUUACUCGGUAUUGCCCAAGAGUUGGCGCGAUCUAUACUCCGAGACCUUAGCGAUUUGACCGUCCAGGUCACGAAUGCUGCGUCGCCUACUGAUGUUCAGGGCUUGGCUCUCUCAAACUUCUCACCCGCAAGCUCUGAUCAAACCAAGCUCCUCAGGGCUCUCACGGCAUUGGAUUACCUCUUCGAUCCUACACGAGACAACAAGGAACAGAGUGGCGCGGUGGCGCUUGAGCCAGCACAGAAGGACGACAUCCUUAUAUCCCUGUAUGAGGACGCCGCAUUUGCGCCACUGUGGAACAAGCUUAGCGAAUGUUUGACCGUCAUUCGCCAACGCGGUAACAUGCUGAACAUCGCCACCACCUUGCUACCCCUUAUUGAGACUCUCAUGGUGGUCUGUAAGAAUACCACUCUUAAGGACGCGCCGCUUGGCAAGAUGGUUAAUAAGGACUUUGCGCUCUCGAGUCCGCCCCCAGAGAGCAAGAUGGAGAAUCUGUUCUUCAACUUCACCGAAGACCACCGCAAGAUUCUGAAUGACCUUGUACGGCAGAACCCGAAGCUCAUGAGUGGUACUUUCUCGUUGCUCGUGAAGAACUCCAAGGUCCUAGAAUUCGACAAUAAGCGUAAUUACUUCACCCGUAAGCUGCACGCUCGCACGCCUGAUCGCCAGCAACACCCGCCGCUUCAGCUUGCUGUCCGUCGUGAUCAAGUCUUCCUGGAUAGUUUCAAGUCAUUGUACUUCAAAACCGCGGACGAGAUGAAGUACGGUAAGCUCAGCAUUCGCUUCCACGGUGAAGAGGGUGUCGAUGCCGGUGGUGUCACUCGAGAAUGGUUCCAGGUCAUUGCCCGGCAGAUGUUCAACCCAGAUUACGCGCUCUUCAUUCCUGUGGCUUCGGAUCGCACAACAUUCCAUCCCAAUCGCCUGAGCAGUAUCAAUCCCGAACACUUGAUGUUCUUCAAAUUCAUAGGACGCGUCAUCGGAAAGGCCCUCUACGAAGGCCGUGUGCUUGACUGUCACUUCAGCCGAGCAGUCUACAAGCGGAUCCUGAGUCGGCCGGUCAAUGUCAAGGAUAUGGAGUCUCUGGACGAGGAAUACUACAAAUCUCUCGUGUGGAUUCUCAACAACGACCCGACCGAUGUCAUUCCCGAGACCUUUUCCGUGGAGACCGAACGUUUUGGCGAAACCGAGGUCGUGGACCUCAUCGAGAAUGGACGCAACAUCCCACUCACUGAGGAGAACAAGCACGAUUAUGUCCGCUUGGUCACUGAAUACCGACUGACCGGUGCGGUUCAAGAACAACUAGAGCACUUCCUCAAGGGCUUCCAUGAUAUCAUACCGUCGGAUUUGGUUUCUAUCUUCAGUGAGCAGGAGCUCGAGCUGCUUAUCUCUGGUCUGCCUGACAUCAACAUCGAGGACUGGAAGGCCAAUACAGAAUACUCGAACUACACCCAGAACUCACCUCAGAUUCAUUGGUUCUGGCGUGCAGUCCGAAGCUUUGACAAGGAGGAGCAAGCUAAGCUGCUUCAAUUUGUCACCGGAACGAGCAAGGUGCCACUCAAUGGUUUCAAGGAGCUCGAGGGUAUGAAUGGCUUCUCUAAGUUCAACAUUCACCGCGAUUAUGGUAGCAAGGACCGCCUACCGUCCAGCCAUACUUGCUUCAACCAACUCGAUCUUCCCGAAUACGACGAUUACGAAUCCCUCAAGAAGGCACUCUACACAGCCAUGACGGCUGGCGGCGAGUACUUUGGCUUCGCAUAG